UUUACGGGAAACGCAAGGGUCACACUUUACAACCUUGUUAUAGGUACCAACUCAUUUUUGUGGCUCAUAAAAGACCACCUCAAUAAAUGAAUUGUCAUACUUUAUUCAGGUGCUUUUGUGAGCCACAAAAAUAGGGUGUACCAGUUGGGGAUCCUUUACGUUUUUCCACAGAGGGGUAUUAUAAACCGGACGCCCGAACUAGAACAGCGGAAACAGAAUCAGAUAGACACCUUCAAAUUCGCCGCCGCCGCCGUGAUAUAAUUCCCUGCCUCGUUUUUGUCCGGCAAUCUUCCCCGACUGAUUUUACGAACAAACCAGGGCAGAGGAUGGACUCUUCUGAUGAAAUCGACAUAUCUGAUGAUAUUUUCGGUUUGGAUAUUAGCGGCUUGACUCAUCAUGAUUUUAAUCCAAUGCCUGGCACUCUACAUAUCCUGGUGGAUGAAAAAGCUUGUGAAGUUGAUAGUGAGAUUAUUCGAAACGAGUUGAUUAAGACGCACGCGCUUCCUUUCCUUCCUGCCAAAGCACUUUUGAGGUUCAAAUCCGUGUCAAGCGAGUGGGACAAGCGGAUCUCCAGUCCCCUCCUGGCCCACCACCAGAGCUUCUCCUUCCGCAAACUCUCCGGCUUCUUCUACCAAACCUUCAACGGCCUCCGAUUCUUCUCCCUGGACGCCGCCGCCUACGGCGUCCCCCGCCCCCUCCUCGAUUUCCUCCCCGCCGAUAACCAUCUGAUGUGCUCCACCAACGGCCUACUCCUUUUCCGAUGCUCCGACUCCUACUUUGUCUGCAAUCCGGCGACCGAGGACCGGAAUAUGCUUCCCAACCCGCUGUACUACCACGGCACGAAUCCGUCGGCCGUCCUCGCCUAUGAACCUUCAUUGAACAACAUCGAGGCGUAUUAUCAGGUGAUCUGUGCUUUCACAGCGUUUGACUCCCCGGUCGUAUUUUUCGAGAUCUACUCCUCGGAGACGAGAUCCUGGAGGAUUUCUUCCGCGAUUUGCCCGGAAUUGGAAGACUUGGACCAUUACGGCGACGGUUUCUAUCUGAACGGCUGUGCUUAUUGGGAGAUCUCGUCACCGUCUCCCUCGCCUUCGGCUCAAUUGCUGGCUUUCGAUGUACAGAGUGAGGAAUGCGGGGUUCUAUCCGUACCCUCCGACGGUGGGGUUUUCACCGUAGUUGGGGAUGAGAUCUGUUACGUGACGUCACAGAAGCAUCUGGAUGAUGUUUUCGCGUUUGACAUCUACGGCGGGCUGGAAAUGGGCCUGAAACGGAGCGUUUAUCUGAACCUCUCGGGAUUCACAGAGUGUAAGGUGGUGCCGGCGGCCGGCGCGGAUGCGGGAGAUUGCUUGCUGAUUCUGUGUGUGGCGGAGGAUGGGAGGCAGGUUUUGCAGAAAUAUGGUUUGAGUGAGCAGAAGGUGAAAGUGUUGUGCAGUCCGUGUGAAAUCGCUCUCCAUGCCAGGCUCCUUCCCUACGUAAACAGUCUAGCCAUUGUUACCUAGUAGUUGCAGCACUUGCAAGUUGUAAGCAUUUUUUGUAGAGUUGCCAACGACUCUAUGGUUAUUACUCCUAUCAACUAAACUAGAUAUUAUCUCUACACUUGCAUCUGUGUAUGGGUGUGAGUUUGGCUAAGAACCCGUUUUGUAACACUAUUUUCCGGCUUAUCAGGUUUAUCAGUCAACUUUUUCAUCAAAUACGUAAAUUUUUAUUUCGCGCGUUGAAAUGUGUAAUAAUAACAAAAAAAUAAGGUUGGACUUACUUUCC